CAUCUAUCGCAGCCUCACCUGGUGGACACAGGUAGCAACGCUAGUCAGCAUCUUCUAGUACAGCACCAGUCAGCUCCCGGCAACAACACAGUGGUUACUGUUUCAGAGGAGUGAAUAACACCUUUGUUUCGGAAUGGAGGUUUCUCGUCAGCUUCUCGUUAUUGGGUUGCUUGCCAGCUUGGGAUUGUUGAUGAAGAUAGUAGUGUAUACUAGCCCCGGAUGGGCUGGUGUCCAUAUUCCAUUGAAAAAAGCCCCAGAGUUUAUCGGUGAUGACAUGAUAAUGCCGCCUUGUGAUGAUGGAAGUAUGAAUGCCGCUGUUCCAGAAGAUGCCCAGACAGACUCGAUGCGUCCGCGCCUUCCUCCUUGCGACUUUGUGAAGGCUGAGAGAAAGGGAAUGAUGAUGCCUGUUGAGCACAGAAGACAUAAACACCACUGUGGUCCAGGUAUUCACAUGUCCCUUGGUUUGUGGUAUACCGUCACGUGCUCUAAAGUCGGUAGCGAAAACGAAAAAGACGGCCCAACACCAAUGCCCGGGAAAAUGAUGAUUGAUCGUAAGAAGCGAAGUCAUCACGAUAGCUCCGAAGAGGUUGAUGAUGGCGAUUAUGACCAUAAAGAUAUGAGAAAGGAGUGCCACGUGAAGUCAUACAAACACACGGAUGAAGUCGUUCAAAGUCUCCCCUCCGAGAUGACUUCCCUGGGAGAAAUAGUACAGAACGUUGCCCUGUACACCGACAAAGUGCUGUGUGAGUUCCGGGUGGAGGCCACCAUUGGACUUGCGAUGUCCUUCAUAGGAAUCCUGGCUUUGUGGAUGUAUGCCCGAAGUGGCGCCAGGAGUCGCUGGAGUGCCAUUCUGUCAUUCAUGGCCCUUCUCACCUCUGGUGUGAUCUACCUGGUGGCUGUGGGCAAAGUCGCAUCCAUCCUCAUCAUGGCACACAAAUACCUAGAGUUCCAGAUGCCCGAACUUAACGUCCACAUCACUGUCCCAUGGUGCCUGAUUGUUGCCGUGGUUGGCUCGCUGUUGACCUUGGUCGCAACCUUCGGAAUGCUUCUGGUUCUAUCCAGAGGACACAACAGCCGUGAUAUCGCAAAGCCAUAUGCAGUGGGCAUGAACGACAACGGAAAAUAUGCCCGUUUCGUCAAUGACGACGCUGGACCACUUCCUCUGAAAGUGAAGUUCUGAGGGAGACAAUCCUGAAAAUCGUGUUGUCAGUUUUUUUCUUUUCUUAUGACAAUUAUCAUAUAUAUUAGAUACUAAUUUGAGGUAGACAUUUAAAGAGAACCAGCUAUCGUGGAUUCGUGAAAUGUGGAAAAUCUCUGAUUUACAUGUAGAUUCAUAGACGGAUACAAUAUAUUCUCACCGUCUAUAGUGGACAGUUAACUGUUGAACUCACCAUGAUGUACCUACAAUGUACAAUAAUGUACCUACAAUGUACUGUAAUGUACCUACAAUGUACAAUAAUGUACCUCAGUGUACUAUAAUGUACAAUAAUGUACUGUAAUGUACCUACCAUGUUCAGUGAUGUACCUACCAUGUACAGUGAUGUAAUACGAUUUAAAAAAAACUACUGCUUCUGGUAAUAUUCUUGAAAACUUUUCAAUGCUUCAUUUUGUGCACAUUGUAUUUCUGUUGCUAUCUGUAUUAAAAUUACUUUUAUCUCAAUGUUCUUUGAUUACAAAAAAUAUUAAAAUCACGUUUCAUCUCUGUAAGGUUAUAGGACAAAUCAGGUUAUUUUCCCCAUGUAAAGUAUUUCAACUUUAAAUAUUAGCAAACGUCACUUCCGGCUUACUGUUGGAUCUGUUAUAAAACUAUGAUAAUUAUUUGUUUAAGAUUUAAAACUUGCGGAUAUUAGUGUUAAUUUGUUAUACGGUAUUUUAUAUUUCCGGAAUAAAAUUUGUAUAUUUUCUCA